AUGUCUCCUCGAAAGCGCCAGCGCACCAUCCUGUCGGACCCGAGCUCGUCGAGUCCACCUGCGGCAAUUGCCCCUGCGACAGCAACAUCGGCUACGUCACAGGUCACGGCUGUUCCAGAACCCACGAACCGCCCUACGCGAGAGAUGCCUUUGAUGAGGGAUAGAAGCGGCAGCGAAACCAAGAACUCUCCACAGAAUUCACAGAAACAGGUCCGCAAGGCACGGAGUUGGUACGGCUCUUGGCCACGCAUUCCAAAGUCCUCCGCCUCGACCCAGCUUGCACGAGAGACUAUAUUUGGAGGCACGCUCAAGCCUUCUAGCACGCCCGAUUUUCGACGAUUUGAUACGAAAAAGAGCAUAGACUCAGCGAGUUUCGACGGCCCGGCCGAAUCAUCCACUUCCUUACCCCAAAUACCAGAGAACGGGGGCGCUCUGACGCCAGAGGAGAGCACGGAAAUCGCGAAGAACGACGGAGAUACCACAGCGGUGCAACGGACAGCCAAGGACACAUCGCGGGUGGCAGAGGAAGCGCCACCGAAAACUGACGACACGACCAAGCCGACCGAGGAGCAGCCAACCUCGCAUACGCCUGUCGCAACUUCAGGCUGGUUCGGGUGGCUGGCACGGGCGCCAGUGACGGAGACGCAAACAUUCACGCCGGCUGAAGAGCAACCAAAAGAGGUGGAACCUCGGAAAGAACCAGAAGCCCAGACCGAGGUCCAAACCUCACCAGUUGCCGAAUCACCAUCAGCAGAAACGUCAACGCAACCUGAUCUAAACCCGCCAGCACCCACGAACUCGUGGUUCGGCUUCUGGUACUCAAGCGCUCCUGUGGCAGAAAACGCUCCAAACGAAGACCCUGUGAAGUCAACGGGCAGCACCGAAAGCGCGAGUGCCACAGAUCAACCUACAAAAGAACCCGAGGACGUGGUCAUGGACGAAGCGCCACCGCCGCCGCCGAAGCCGGAACCUUCGAAGCAACCAUCGGCUGGGUCGACCUGGGCGUUUUGGUCCAGGGAUACUCGUCCGAAGGACGGCGAAGCGACUCCAGCAAUCCGACCCGAGUCUGGAGAGUUGGCGGUGAUAGGACAGGGGUCGGAGGCUCACCCUGAGCGCACCGGCCUAAACGUCGACCAGAACCAUUCUGACAACAGUGCAAAUGAUGGGAAGAGCGCGAAAGAUGCAAAGGCUUCCAAAAACACCAAGUCGAGCAUUGUAUCUGCGCCGUCGACGUUUGGGAGGAAGACGAAGCGGAACCGUCCCCAGUCAAUGGAUCUAGACUUGCCGUCCAGACCAGGGACUCCUACUCGGCCAGAGUCGGUUGCUUCGUCAAAAACCUCCAUUGCGGAGACUACGCCAAAGGAACCGCCCCUGAAACCAGGAACGCCAAAGCCCAGCACCAGUCAAGAAACACUCAGCAAGGGGCCGCCGCCAAACCUGCUGUUGCCCUCGUUCGGAAGCACAUACCGGAUGAAAGACAAUCCAUCCAUCGUCAAGCAGAUUACAUCGUUGCUACUUAGAACACAACAGCCUCCCGCGAACCACGUGUAUAGAGUGAAAGAGACCCCCAAGAUCAAGAAGGCCAUUGCAAUUGGAGUCCACGGCCUUUUCCCAGCCAUGUACCUACGGCCCAUGGUUGGACAGCCCACUGGUACUUCACUGCGGUUUGCAAACCUGGGCGCCGAAGCCGUCAGGCGAUGGACGGACGCUCAUGGUUCCCCUGAUUGCGAGAUAGAGAAGGUUGCGCUGGAGGGCGACGGAAGGAUUGCCGACAGAGUGGACAACCUGUGGAAGCUUCUUCUUAACUGGAUCGAGCACAUCCGCAACGCAGACCUGAUUCUGGUUGCAUGCCACUCGCAAGGUGUACCUGUGGGGAUCAUGUUGUUGGCGAAGCUGAUUGACCUCGGCAUCAUCACCAACGCCAAAAUCGGCGUGUGCGCCAUGGCGGGCGUCUCAUUGGGGCCAUUCCCUGACUACAAGUCAAGUAUGGGCAUUCUCAUGGGCGCCGCCAACGAGCUAUGGGAAUUCUCGAAUCCGGACAGUGACAUCUCAAAGAGAUACGAGCACUCGCUGAAAGAAGUGCUUCAGUACGGCGCCAGGAUAACUUACAUCGGCAGCAUCGACGACCAGCUUGUGCCAAUGGAGUCAGCCAUCUACUCACCCGCAUCUCACCCUUACAUAUACCGCGCGGUUUUUAUUGACGGCCGCAUCCAUGCACCAGACUUCAUCGCCCACCUCGUUGGGUUUGCGCUGAAACUUCGCAAUCUGGGCGUCUCCGAUCACGGGCUCUUGAGGGAACUUUCGACACCGCUUGCCGGCAGCCUCUACUCGGGCGAGGGCCACUCGCGCCUCUACUACGACGAUCAGGUCUACGACCUCGCUCUCGCCCAUGCACUCGAGACCUCGGACAUUCGGCCCAACGUGCCCGCCAUCGUCACCCACCGCCGCGACGCCAACUCCUCCCUCGCGAACCCGAACCCGUACCACCUGCCGUGGGUUAUGCGCGGUCUUCUCGAGGAGGACUUUGUCCGCACCGAGCUGUCGUCCGAGACGGAGGAGCUGCUCCGGCAGUUUGACGACUGGAAGCCAGUCACCAAGGCGCUCAAGGACGUCAAGUACAGGCUCGAGGCCAUUCGAUCCAAGCUUUAG